AAAAGUUGCAGACGAUCGAUAUGGCGUCGGCAUGUGAAGUCUGAAGUGGACGAUUUCUGGAAAGCGGAUGGUGUUUUACUAAAUUGGCACAUGUUUUAUUCAUUAAAGUUGUCUUUUUGAAAACUAACGUAUUUGGUAGUCGUCUGGCUUUAGUUUGUCGUCGCAAAUUGGGAGAGAGUGAAGUAAAUUUCGGUCGAAAUGGCGGCGUCCAAAGUCAGUGUCUUUCGUUAUCGACGGUGUCCAUUUGUGCAGCUUCUGCUGGUGGCCUUUGCGCAGAGUGUGUUCUCGUACCACGCAUGGGCAGCCCAGUCCUUUCAAGAAGAACCCAGCGACACAUCCGUCGUGAUCGGCGAAGCAGUAGUCGUCCUGAAAUGCAUUGUGUCAGAGAAGUCAGGCAACCUCAUCUGGUUCAAGGGGGACGGGUACUUUGCCAGUGAUGCGGACCUCGACAUUAGUGGCCUACAAAGAUAUUCUUUUGUUGGGAACACGUCCCUGGGUGAGUACAACCUGCAGAUAGAGAAUGUCAUAUUGGAGGAUGAUGGGGAGUACCACUGCCAGGCCACUCCCACCACAGACAACCCCGGCAUCGCAUCCAGAAGAGCCAGGCUCAUCAUAAAAAGAGCACCAUCCACCACCACCCUGCGUCCCAGCGACGCGAUCUUGUCCGUGGUGGUAGGCGUGCCUACCAACCUGACCUGCGAGGCCACCAGUGCCAACCCGCCGGCCGAGAUCGUGUGGCUGCGGGCCGGCGCCAAUCAGGCCGCCAGUUACAGCCGCGCCUGGCACCCGGCCACCGGCGACCCCUCGGGGAAGCUGACCAACGUGGCCAGCGCGCUGACGCUGAGGCCGGCCGUGGCGGACCACAGCGUCGUCUACCAGUGCCAGGUCUCCCACAUUGCGCUGGCCGCGCCCCAGACCCUGGGAAUCACGCUGGAUGUGCAACAUGCCCCGGUUGUGGUGGUUGAAGCAUCCCAUACGCCAAUCCGAGAAGACACCUCGGUCAUCUUCCGUUGUGUGGUGGAUGCAAACCCUCGGAAAGUCUCCUACUUGUGGGCCAAAAAUGGCGAGCCAAUAUCGGGUGCUGCAGAUAAUCAGAUUGAACUUGUUAUUAACAAAGAAGAUCACAUGGCGUCCAUUACAUGCACCGCUGAAAACAUCAUUGGAUCAGGCUCUGGUAGCUUGACUACCCCGGUUCUGUACGGACCGCGAUUCCUUGACAUCCCAGUCUCCGUCUCUGUCGACGAGGAAGGCCCCGCUCAGAUGUCCUGCUCGGCCGACGGCAACCCGGCCCCGACCAUCAAGUGGACGCGGCUGGGCUCCCGGGCCACCCUGAGCACCAUGCAGACGCUGCAGUUUGACCUGGUCCGGCAGAGCGACGUGGGCACCUACGUGUGCAUCGCCACCGUGCCGGGGUUCGAACCCGUCAUGAGCUACGGUCGUCUGGACAUCAACGCGAUUCCCGAGAUCAGCAGCCCUAGGGAGCAGAAAGCCAAACUGGGCAGUGAGGCCACCCUGGAAUGCUUCACCGACACCAAGCCUGAUCCGUUCAUGGUCAUCUGGACCUGGGAUGACCAACAGCUAGAGGAAGGGACAAUGGGCCGCUUUUCAGCCACAAAGCGUGAGGUGAGCGGCGGUGUAAUGAGUGAGCUGACGAUUGACGGCGUCCUGACCGCUGACUUCGGCGUGUACAACUGCACCAUGAUGAACGAGGUUGGAGACGUGUCCCUGCUGAUCACUCUCAUCCAGCAAGAUUUGGAUCUGAUUGUGUGGAUUAUAAUCGCUGUCAUCGGAACGGCUGCAGUCAUCUUCAUCUUGACCAUCAUUGUCAUGGUUUACUGCCGGAGAAAAUGGCAGAGGAGGAAGAAAGCCACGUCCCUCAACAAGGGUAAAGUCCAGCUGGAGAUCGUCCGCAAGCUCACCGACGCCGACGACAAAGACUACGACAGCAAGUCGCGCUCCGACAGCUACGACUACAAUGCCACGCCGCCCAGCACCCCGGGAAAGCCGCGCUACGCUGAGCCCUACCAGUUCACCCGAGGCCGCCAGGACUCCUUUGACGACCCCCACUACCGAGCACCCAGGCGUCAGUCGGACGGCUACUCGUACGAUGGGCGCUACCCAGAUCGAUACCCUGAUAACGAGUAUUCCGAACCCAUCGUCCGUAAGAGAGAAAGUGACGGCCGCGUCUCGUACCAUUCCGACCGAUCAGAGGACUACGCCCGCCGCAACCAAAGCGACGAUGGUCACUACAACGACACCAUGCACGAUAACGAGGUCAAGCAGUACAACUCCAGGGACCCGCGCUACGCCGACGACACUCGCUAUGACGACGACCGCAGCUACGGCAACCGCAGCUAUGAUGACAACGAUGACCGUCACUAUAAUGACAGCCGCUACGAUGACCAUCGCUACGAAGACGGCUACUCCUAUGGAGAAGGUAGUCGCCGUUACAGCGAGGCGGGCUCAGAGAAGGGUUCAGAAAUCUCCCAGGCCACCAGAAACAAAUUGGCCACCAACGUGUGAUGAUUGGUACACAUAUAUGCGUGUGCCUUUUGCACAGUUGGUUCAAAAAGAGGCUGUUCUGGCGUGGAUUGGCCUUUGAAUGGUCAGCAACCUUUAUACAUGUAGUAACAAAGUGAAUAACAGUUUGUCUUGCACCUUGCAUCCGACAUUAUGACGUUUGCUUCGCUUUUGACUUUGCUUUUGACUUUGCUUUUGACUUUGCUUUUGACUUU